AUGGCCGACCGUGAAACCUCCCCGACUCUCAUGGCCUCGUCUGCGCAACGCAAGCCACACAUGUCCAUAACCCUCCCUCGAAACUUCGCGCCGUUGCGUCUUGAUGUCGGCGACGACCCUAAAACGCCCGAUCAGACCUUCGCCGAACUCAAACUGCCUCCUCCGCCGCGUCACUCGACCUGCCGCAUCCGCCGGACGAGAGUUAACCUCGACAACUUCCAGACGCGUAACAACGCUCUACCAGCCACGCUCUUCGCUUCAGACAUCCCCAUUCCUUCCAGCGCCCAGUCUACGCAGGCCGAAUUCGACUCGGACGCCGACAUUGUGUUACCCUCCGUCGAAGCACACCAUGCUUGGACGCGACCAACCUACACCCACAGUCUGACCGACCCUUCUCCCAGUGACCGGCUCAAACUGUUGGCAGCCAGAGAUUCACAACUUCCACGGACACCUGUGGCGCAAACAAAAGUCGUUACUGCAGAAUACAAGCACAGUGCAUGGGACAUGCAUCGUUCUUCGUCCGAAUGUUCCAUUCGUUCCGACUCGUCUGGAUCGUGGUCGGAAGCCUUUACAACCCGCCCAACUUCGUUUGACGGCAGUGCUACCAGCCCCGAUCUCGAGUCGCACGAUCCAUUUUGCCUGACCAAAGUCAACAUUAUCCCUGACACUCCGUCAAGGAGAAGCAAAAAGCUCCGGAUCAAUACCCUCACGUCCAAAGCCAACGUCCCGUGGAGCAUUGAGAUGGACAAUCAUUUGUUCAAUGUCUAUCAAAUGUAUCUGGCCGAUCCGACCGUGACUCCCUUCAAAACGGUGCCAGGAAGCAUUCCUCCCACCGGGGUCUGUCAUCGAGUGGCCAGAAGGGCCAAAGAAACUUGGCCCCGGGCAAGCAGGAUCUCGAGACCGAUCGUUCGGAGAUACAAGAUGCGAAAUGUCAUUGAAAGCCGUGGGUUUGUCAGGGACAAGACCCCCGAACCCAACGACUUCCUACGCACCGACAACAAUGAUGCAAGGGGUGUUUGGCCAUCCGAGUCGGCGACGCGGAGACGGCUGAAACAAUUAUGCAAGGAAAAGUUCACCAUCACGGCCCACUACCAACGACUGCGCGAGUCCAGGAGUCCGUCACCCUUCCGUGACCAAUUCAGCCGACGGCCCUCGUCGAGAUUGACUCGGUCCAUAUCUCAACAGGACGAUGAUCCCGAUGCAUCCACUACCUACGCCACCAGAGAGCUGGGAAUUUCUCUCGUGGCCAGUGGUGCAACGGCGCCCCUGGCUCAGCUAGUGACGGGUGAUUCUCCUCCCACUGAGCAGAUGUCGGAUGAUUGGUUCAACACUCCUCUAAACAACAACACUUCCGACGCCAUGGCACUCUCGACUCCUGCAGGUUUGGGCAUCGAGAGCGAAGCGGACAAGCUGAAGGUUGCGAGCAGCAUUCCCCGUCUCGCAUCGCCAUUCAAUUACAGCACGUGGGGUGGUUCGAGUAAUGCCAAUCCCAAACACCGUCGACAUAUCAGUCACAACCAGUUCGGAACUAUCCACGCGACCGGGUCGAGAUUACUGUCACCGUUCAAGUUGGAGACGGAUAUGUCUCUCAAUGUCAACAAGCGACGAGCGCAGCACAAUCUGGAGGACGAGUUAAGCCCCAGCGGGAGUAAUAUCAACAAGAAGUUAGAUGCGAAUCUCACUUUGGAGGUUCCAACCCCGGCCACGUUCGAGCCAAAACCCCCGGGUCGCCCAGAGUUGAUUUUCACUGGGGCCGGCGACAUCACUCAACGGAGGAUACGCGUUCGAAAUCGGGGUGCGACGUUGGGUGCUGUGAAUGAUCGGGAACACAUUGAACGCAUGUUCACCCCACCCACCCUACAUACCCCUGCCACGGAGGAUUCAGGAAUCCCGCCCGUUCCGGCCUUGCCUCCGUCUCUUACAGCCCUGGCAAAUCCCGCGGGUCCUGCUUUCUCAUCCAGUCUCGCUCCCCCCGAGCUCGAUCCGACUCAGAAACGUCUUGGGAGUCCCUUCGAGCUCGAUCCGACUAAGCGAAGCUAUCGUGCAAAGAAUCCUCGACAUGUGCCGAGCAUGAGCGAUCCUUUCAUCAACACCAGUGCUUUUGCAACCGCGCCCAGCCAUGGCCAUACCAGUAGUAUGAGCAUUGGCGAGAGGUUGGACAUGUUUAGCACUUUCCACACAAGUCACUACCAGAGACAGGUGUCGGAUCAACCUCCCAAGGACGAUCCUUUUGCCUGA